UUGGUUUCGUUUAGCAGGCUCUUUGGGGACACUUGAAACCUGGCGCAGAGCCUUCACAAGAAUGUGCAGUUUUCAGAGGGGCGGAGACAAGCCGUGUCUCGCAUCCAUGGCGAGAGCAGGCAGCCUCACAGUUGGUCGCUGUAGAGAGCAGCCCUCAUUGAGGUUACAAUAGGGAACACAGGCGCCCUCUCUCCGCUCUUCUGGACCACAAUGGCUUCAUGUUUUUCGGUUACACGCAGCUCGGUGGGCGUUUGUUUUUCCUGAACUCACGAGAACCGCUCACCGUUGCAAAGUGACACACGGGGGGACUCGAACAAGUGACCCGCCUAACAUAGUUGGAAGUGGGAGAGACGCGGGAGGAAGCACCGCAGGGUGGCAUUAACACGGAUACUAACCGGAUUUUCCCCUGCGCCCAACGGCUAAAGGGGGCAACCGCCGCGGCUGUUUCCCCGCGGGGCGGCGAUGAAAAGUGGACAGUCCGGUUUGUUUCCUCCAUCCGCUUCCAGGCUGCAUGGAACAAAGUGUGCUCUCUGUCACAUAACCUGCAUCCAGGCGGUUCGUGAGCGCGGAGCCGUGUAGGGCUGUGUAUGUCGUAACAGUUCUUGUCAGGAGUCCAGCUUCACCCUUAAACCAUCAUGAGGUCCAGCGAGGAGCCGGAGGGCUUUGACGGCGAGGCCUCCAACACGUCCAUGAUCUCCGGGGCCAGCAGCCCGUAUCAGACCACCACCGAGCCCGUCCACUCGCGGAACGUGUUCGGGGGGAUAAGGUGCGACAUGGAGUACCUCAAGUCACACUUUGGGAUCUUGAAGGUGGUGGAAGUGGUCCUGUCACUCAUCGCGUUCAUCUGCAUAGAGACGAUCAUGAUGUGUUCUCCUUGUGGCGGAGUCUACUUCUUUGAGUUUGUCAGCUGCAGUGCCUUCGUGGUGACGGGAGUCCUCCUCCUGAUCUUCACCCUCAACCUGCACACCAAGGUCCCCCAUGUCAACUGGAGCCUCACGGACCUGAUCAACACGGCUGCCAGCACCUUCUUUUUUGUCUUGUCAUCUCUGGUGUUGGCCUGCAUGAACCACAACACUGGAGCUGAAAUAGCAGCAGUGAUCUUUGGCUUCCUGGUGACAGCCGUUUAUGGAGUAAACACCUUCCUGGCAGUGCGGAAAUGGCGCCUAGGCAACGGCUCUCAGCGGGCACCGCAGAGCAACGACUACAUGAGAGCGCGCACCGCGUCGCGCGGGGAAAUGGAGGCACGGUCUGAUCUGGCAUGAGCGCGAGCACGCAGAAAGACUUCAGAGAAAGCAGAGACUCCGCUCCCUUCAGAGCAGUAACUGCUCCCCACGCGCUUUUGACUUCUCAUCACUCCGCUCCAGCUGUGCUGUCUGUUCAGUCACUGACUAAAUCUUUCAUUUCAUAGCCACAGAUGAGCUCUGUGACUGUUUUCUCUUAAAACAAAUCCACACACCUUUUGUAAAGAAGCGAAGGAUGACUUCCACAAAGAGCCAGCAGAGGUUGACUUUACCCUACAUGUGCAUCAGCUCCUGCCCCGAUGAGGGUGUCGAUGUUUUGUGUUUCACUGUGAAUGCAGCAGAGUAGAAGAGGAUCGGCUUUCGUACAGUUUGCUUCUAUCACGCUGCUCUUUAUAUACCCUGUGGUCACAAAUGUGAUUAUAGAACCGGGACGAAAACAGAGUCGGAAACAAACCGGCAGGAAAACGGACGCACCUUUAUCUUUCUGCUUCUAUCUGUGACCAAGGCUGACAUUUUAGUCCCAAUCAUACACAUGCCUUUAACGUGACCUCUCGUGCCCUAUUAGAAACCACGAGGUGUGUUUGUAUGCGGUAACGACGUCUUAUCGACACUGACCUGGCCAAGUCUGCAGCCUAAUGCAACCAAACAAACAGGAAACAGAGAUUUGUAAACUGUUCGCUCACCGCACCAAACUCCAUAGAGAAAACCAGCGAUUUCACACCACAGUACUCGGGGGGUUAAUAAUCCACUGCUGCCUCCUUCAGUAAGUUAGAAUAUGUUAUGUUGUGACUUCGGUGUUUGAAGUCCUUUAUUCCAAUUGACCUAAGUGACACAAACUGACCAAAUCAGGCAGCAGUAAACCAACAGCUCCUGUGUCAACACAAGCUUAAAUUGUUGAUUUUCUCCAUGGACUUUGGUGCAGGAGAGUGAGUGGUUUGCAAACUCAGUUUCCUACUGGAGAAGGCUAUUCGAUGGAUAACGCAGCGACCAUGUUCUUAAGAUAUUGCAGAUUUGUGUUAUUAAGUGUUAGUAAUUUGUCAAAUAUCAUAUACAGCCACACUUGGACAAAAAACCUUAACUGUCCCUUUAAGAUCAGUAACAGUACAGGGUCAAUGACUGCUAUAAAUACAGGAAGUACAACACAACUUGAUAAAAUGUGUUUUAAUGAGACCAAAGCUUCUUUUUUUUUUAACUAUUAAUUACUCCAUUAAUUUUAUAACAGCUUGUGUGUGACCAUUCAAAAAAAAAAAAAUGUCCACUAGCCUUUGAAAAUACUACAUUUUGACAUUUGUGUUAAGUCAACACUGUGAACCCGGAGGUUAUAUAAUGAGGUGACUGGUUGUCAUGUUACUACGUUAACGGCACAUUAACGAGACGAUUGCCUGCCAGGAGUGACAACAUGACAACAUUUAAAACACGCUUUUCAUUUACAGUCUUUGUUAUGUGUGGUUGUUUUAUUUCCUUUUAUUUUGUUGUUGAAUCAUAUCUGAUAAUCCUGUUUUCCUUCUGAUAUCUGACCCAGUGAUUUUUCACUCGUGUCCGAGAAUCAUGUCAGACACGCUCCUUCUCUCCUUGAUUACUUUUUAAAAAAAUGAUGUAAAUGAACUCACAGGGUGCCUCAGCCUGAACAACUGUAUAUGCCUUCUCAAUCUCUGAUGAUCAAUGAUAGAGAAUGAUGCUUCAAAUGGAAUUUAAUUUGAAAAGAAAGCGAUGGACCAUUUAGCAACAUUUAACUCUAUUUAACUCUGUACUUGGUUCAGUUAAAUAUCUGUGUGUGUGUGUGUUAGUGAGUGUUAUCACACAUUUCAUGUAUUAUACACUCUGUCGUUCCACUUUGCAGGUGUUGUGAAGUUCGCGGCUAACUCGAAGUUGCACGUUGCAGCUGAUUAUCCCUCACCUCAUCCUCGUGUAUUGUAGAACUCGAGCUGCAACUUGCAGGUUUGGUCCAUAAAACGUCCGAAAAACGUUGAUCAGUGCGUGUCAAUCCUGGAAAUGAAGAUGCUCUCAAAUGUCUUGUUUUGUCCACAAAUCAAAAUGAUUCAGCUUUAAGAAAAUAUUCACAUUUAAGAAGCUGAAACAAUCAGAAAUCUUGUUUUAAUAAUGAAAAAAGCGAUUCAUCGAGUACUCUCACACCUACGGUCAUUAUAGAGUGUCCAAUUUAUCAUGCAUACGGUCCUACUUCUGAUAUUCAAUGAAAAUUAUUUUACCUACAUUUUACACACUGCACCUUUAAAAUAAAAAUCCCACAUUCCUGUAGUUUUUUUUUUAGGAUGAAGGACUAAAUGAAAUGUUAUUGUGUUUACAUUGUGCCGAUGUGAUGAAUCGGCACAUUUUUGUUGUUGUUUUGCUUUGUUUUGCUUUUAUUGAGCAGGUUCCAACUCGACUCGAUGGCUCCACCUCCUGGUUUUUAUCUGAAAUGCAAUUCUGUGUCGGUGACUGUGCUGAAAUGACACAAUGACAUAAUUACAACAGAUAUAUCUAUAUAUAGAUAUAGCUAUAUAUAGUGUUCCAGUGCUCAGUGACUGAAAAGACAAUCACAUGUGUAUAUUUAUAUCCGCCACUUGGAUGAGCUUGUUUUUGAGUGAUGCUAUAACAAUCGUUACACACGUGUACCGUGAGAAUAUAACCUUACCUUUAACGGUUUGUUUUUUCCAGCAGCUUUUUUUCUCCACGUGCGACAGAACUAUUAUAGAAAAAAAAUGUGUAUUUAUGAGAGAGAAAGAACAGAGCGGUUUGUGAUCCGGGAAAGUGUAGACUGUGUGAGUGAAAUUAGAGAUGAGUGGUGUUCUUCUUCUUCUUCUUCUUCUUCUUCUUGUCGUUCCUUUGAAUCAUGGUGUGCUGUCGCUGUAAAUGAUUUCAACAAUGAUGUGUGCUACAGCACGGAGUGGUCAGGACUCGGUUGAUUUUUGUAUUUAAAAAAAAAAACCUUCUCACUUGGCUUCACGUUGGUUUGUAUUGAAAAUCUGAAUAAAGUGAUUUGGAAAUGA